AUGAGAAUCAGUGAGACAGCUUCAAAUGCUCGACAAAGUCAAGAAAAGAUACUGGUGGUUCAGUCAGUUGCAACGACAACAUUCAUAUUGAGUUUUGAAAUCACUUCAUAUUUCAACGAUUUGUUCUAUACUGAAUAUAUGUCGUUGGCUGAAUUGGAUCGAAGAAUAAUAUCCUAUUCUCGUUCUUCGCUGGUUACACUCACUUGCUUCUUCAUUUAUUUCAUCGGAACUCCAGGAAUCCGAAAGAUAUUAUUGGAAAAAAUGAGAACUUCUACUGGAAACCGGAAGAAUACAACUACUAUUGUGGCUGCGAGGUUUUCGAAUAAUAGAAUCCCGAUUGUGUACAUUUAUAUAAUGAUUGCUUGUAAUGCAGGUGUUUGUCUCGUAGAGUUUUAUAGUGAUAUAUUCCCGUAUUUUAUAAGUAAAAAAGCAUACAAAUGGAUCUACAAAAACCUUGGAGAAUAUCUGACUCUAUUCGAUUACCAUGUCUAUACAUAUCCUUUACUCCUGACAGUUCUCAUGAUUAUUGAACGAAUAUAUGCAAUCUUUUUCCCGUUUGGACGGGCGUUUGCUGAUCGAAAACUUUGGCUCUAUUGCUUCACAUUGGCGGUAACUCGUGUAACUCUGUUCUCUUUUAUCCGUUACCUAACUCAGAUUGUUUUGUUGGCACUUCUUCUGAUUCCAUUUUUCUCUGGAUGUGCUGUAAAUUACUCAUUUUACACUUUUGACUAUUCCACAGAAUGUGAUCCAGAUGGCCAUUUCAUAACAUAUAUUUUCGAUACAUACACUGGCUUGAUUCCAGUUGUCUGCUUAAUUCUUAACUUUUUACUGAUACUUUACAUAUCUCUGAGGAGGAGAAAAUUCCAGAAUCCAGCAGAUAGAAAGUUGAAUGCACGUCAGAGUCAUGAGAAAACUUUAUUGAUUCAGUCGAUAUCAUCAACUACUUUUCUCUUGAUUUAUGAAAUUACAGAGGUGGCAACUGAUAUUUUUAGUGAACAAUACGAAGCACUUCCCGAAUUCACACGUCGAAUGAUCUACUACGCAAGAGCAGGUUCCGUUGCUCUUACUUGUUUCUUCAUUUACUUUGUUGGAACUUCCUCUAUCCGUCGGAUAAUUAUUGCAAAAGUUCUAAAAAUCAUGAAAAAAGAGAAGAAAGUGCCUAGAAUGAUGGGUGAUCAUACUCCAAAACGAAAGAUGUCCGGCGAUGCUGAUGAACCUCUUCCAAAACGAAUCGGGUUCAGUCACAAAAAAGAAAGCGACAUGUGGGAGUACGUUCUGUCUCUCAUUUGCAUUCGAGAACCAAAUGUACUGAUUGUACUGAACAGUCAUGUGCGGGACUCGUUAUAUCUGUGGGAAGAAAUGAAAAGAGAAACGGAGACUGUUUUGAGUGCUCAAGAAUUAUACGAUUUGUUUCACAAAUCUAUGCUUCCUAACAUUGCAAAAGCCGAUCUCUCUGUUCAGGCCAAGGCAUGUUUGUACUAUUCUCUCAAAGUCAAACUUGAUCCCGAUUUUCUGAAAAUCUUGGAAAAUGUAGCACAUGUUCAAGUGAGUGAGGAUUCAAAACUUACCGGGUUUCGUAAGAAGUCCACGGGAGACGAUAGUGAUGCAUGCUCUACCAGCCGAAAUCCAAAUGAUUUUUGGUACAGUGUCUGGGAUGACAAAGUUUAUUGCGAAGAAGACUCUGAUGAUGAUGAAGAAUAUAAUGAACCUAAAAGAACUCACACAGCCGAACUGGUCCGGCUGGUAGAGCCAAUCGAUGAUGAGCCUGAUGUAUCUAUAUUGCAGGUUUCUAGACCAAUCGCUGAAAGGAUCAUGGUUCCAGUCGAUGCAAUUGAAGUUGACGGUGUUGGGACUGUUGAUAAAAAAUCAAAGAAGAAAAAUGAAGCUUCAUUGGGCAUCGAUCAAACAGAAUCUACAGACGAUAUGCAGUGUGUUGGCAAUGUGAAAAACAUAGGAACAUCUGCUCUUCCGGAACCUGCAACCCGUUCCAGAGCAUCCAGAAACUUGUUUAAUAGUUCUCAGGGCAAAGUAUCCGAAAGUUCAUCAGACAGCAGAUAUAACGACGAAGAAGACACCAGUGAUGAAAUCGAGUUUUUGGGUACAGUGAACCCAACACCGAAACAUGGUAGAGCCUCAAGAUCUGAUAAACAACAUUCGAUGUAUGUCAAACAAAAAGCGGAUCAGCAAACUGCGUCUCAAAAAAUGGCUGAUUACAAGAACCCUAACCGUUUGGUUUCUUCCUUCAUGUCAUUGCAGUCAGCAUUUGCUUCGGCUUUGAAACGAAUUGAUGUUCUAGAAAAAAAUGCAGCAGAGGCGAAAGUGAAAUCAACAAUUGACUCUGAUCUUGUGGCGGAACUGCAACAGCGUGUAAUCGCCGCUGAAAAAGUUGUCGAGGACAUAAAAUACAAUCAACGCAUUCAUAAAACACCACCGAGUGAUGUUGUAGACGUUGAACUUGCCGCGGCGUCAUCAGUAUCAGCAGUUUUCGAGUUCAACCCGGUUCCUUUUCAUAUCAAUUCGAAAAAUGUCCCAGUUCUCGAGAGUGAAGUCUCUAUCGGUGCACAGAAAAACGAUGAAAAUCAAGAAAGCUUCAUAGCUGACACCUCAUCACCAUCGGUCAUUCAAACCGAACCGUGCUCUUCGAACCAAACUCAGAAUACUGUCAAGCCAAAAAACAUCAAAAAAGUUGUAACCAACAUGAAGAAGAAAGAAAAACGUUGUUCUUCAAGACAGCUCAAGUCGACGAAGAAAACAACACAAAAAACUGCGAAAAAUUAUACACAAAUUCAGCAAAAAGCUAAUUCAGUCGCCCACGUAAAGGAAAUUAAAAAUUUGGACGGAUUCUUGAGUGUCCCUCUGGAUAUCCCGAGAAGACAGUCGAAAACACCGAUAAGAUACGGAAUCCUAUAA